CUGGAAAUACAAGAACAUUUGAAUUCAGAAAUAACAAAGGAGACACUCGUUUUUCUAAAGCGCUUUUUAGUGAAUGUAAAUAAAUAAAAUUUUAAAAAUUAACAAAGGUGUUUAGUGAAGAUUAAGUAACAAAAUAAUAUUUGAAAAUGACUAAGGGCAGUAAUACAUGUGAGGAUGAUUCCGAAACUGUGCUUGUGUCUGAUAUAUUGGAGACUUCCGGUAAAUAUCAAAUAUGUCAGUAUUUUUAUCUAUGUCUCCCUGUGGUUUUCGUUUCGAUGAUCAACGUGAACUAUAUAUUCGUCGCAGGCGAAGUUAACUAUAGAUGUAAAAUACCAGAAUGCGAGACAAAUUUCUCAUAUAUCGCACCUUGGUGGCCGAUCACCCAUGUCGAUGAGUGCACCAAGCCGAUAUUAAAUACAACUAGUGUACCAUACAACGGGUGUACCAAUGAUAGUUUUACAUCCGCAACUGAGGAAUGUACUGAUUGGAUUUACGAAAACCACGAUACAAUCACAUCUGAGCUCAACCUUGCAUGUCAACCUUGGAAACGUAGCUUGGUUGGGGCUGUUCACAGCAUCGGUAUGGCUUUUGCCAUGCUUAUUACUGGGUGGCUGUGUGAUGUCAUUGGGCGUAAGCCAGCUGUGAUUAUCAGUUCCAUGGGAUGUUUCGUAGGAAACUUGAAGACUCUUGCGACGUCUUAUACGAUGUACAUUUUUCUUGAAUUUCUAGAAGCAGCAAUUUCUGGAGGAGCUUAUACAGCUGGAAAUGUAUUACUGAUAGAAAUCGUUAACAAAAAAAACCGAAUGCUAUCAGGAGUAUUGUUUGCAUAUGCUAUUUAUAUGGGUGAAGCAAUGUUUGCCGUUAUUGCAAUGUUCGUACCCUAUUGGAAAUCUCUCGUGCACAUAAUUUGUACCCCUGCAAUAUUGUUUCUUGUUUACAUAAUAACUGUACGAGAAAGUCCACGGUGGCUUAUAUUAAAUGGAAAAUUGGCUGGAGCGAAAAACACGCUUAAGGAAAUGAUAAAAAUGAACAAUAUUAAAGCUAAUGUUGAAGAAUUAGAUCGCAUGAGCGAAGAUGAGCUGAAAAGGGCGUAUAAUAUUAAAACUGACGGAAAAAAAGAGGGUUUUAAAGAAGUAUAUAAGUGUAAAGAAAUCUUAAAGAGAUUUCUCGUCGCAUUCGAAUGUAGGUUUACGGUUGCUUUCAUUUACUAUGGUCUCAUAGUGAACUCCGUUUGGUUACCAGGAGAUAAAUACAUCAACUUCUUGCUGGGAGCGAUAAUGUCAUUUCCUGGCGAAUUAAUAUCUAUGUACAUAAUGAAUAAAUUUGGAAGACGUUUGCCAUUGAUUUAUGGUUAUUUAUUUUGUGGGAUAGCUUGUGUGGCGUACGGAUAUGUGCCUCAAUCAUAUACAGGAUUGAAGAUAUCAUUUUUUCUCAUUGGCAAGCUGUUAGCCUCCGCUUGUUACACGGGAAUCGUAACCUACACGAUGGAACUCUUCCCUACAAGUGUACGGGGUUCGUUGCUUGGUCUGUGCACUCUCGCUUCCUGCGCGGGUAAUAUGCUGGGCCUUUUGACACCGAUGCUGGCUUCAAUUUCUUCAGUAUUAGCCGCAAUUUGCUUCUGUUUUACAGCGGUGAUUUCAAGCGCUCUUUUAAUCUUAACUCCCGAGACAAGAGACCUACCAUUGAAAGAUACGAUAGAACAAAUCGCUAACAGCGCUAAAAUUGCUAAACAUAAAAAUAGCGGCGAAGAUAACGUUGCUUAUGAUGAUCAGAAAUUAUAAUUCAAACUAUUAUAUUAUAUCACUGUGAAUAAUUAAUCGACUGCAACUGUCAUUUUUUAUAAUAAUUAUUAUUACAGAAAUAGUGUUUAUUAAAAAAAUACCAAUUACCACGUAAAAGUACUGAUUCAUAUUAUUGCUAAAGAUAUAAUAAAUAAUAUUUAGCAAAUUAUUUUUAUAUUAGUCAUUUCACAAAAAAAAAAAAUGAUUUAUACAAUUUUUGUGAUGAUGGACGUUAUAAAUUUAGAGAAGAAAUUGUUAUUCAUUAUACAAAAAUUAUGAAGCUUAUGCGGUUGUACAUUAUAAAUAUAAUGGUCACAUAAAGCAUUUGUACAUAGUUAUUAAUUAUCAUUAAAAGUAAUAUAUGACAAAGUACUUUUUUAAAUUAUUUC